AUGUCUGCCGAAGCAAUCGGCGCAGCGGGACGGCGUUAUGUCUUCAAAACACUGAUUCAGGAGAGACCGCACCUCGGUCGCGUCUGGUUAGCAACGUUCAUCCUCAAGGACGUUCCCCCAGCCAUGUUCUCUCACUUCCACGAAAGCAUCUGGCCCCAACUCCGCGGCUGUCAAAACGUGCGUUUGCCGGUCGACAUGAUCCGGGACCAGCGCGUCUUUGUGUACAAGUGCUUGGACGAAGACUUCCUCGACCUCGUCAAGAAGCGAAUACCAAUCAAGGCGAGGAAGGAGAUCCUCAAGGCCAACAUCAAACCCGACAACAUCAUGGUCGACUAUCACAACCAAGACGGUGGAGAAACGACAAUCAAGCAGGUCCAGAUUGCCGAUCUCGAAAACGCAGCUCAUCUGCCCAAAGGCAGAUGCAUCAAAGGCACGCUGGCCGGAAACGACAACUGGCGCAGCCCGGAGGGUCAUUUCAGGGGUGAACUCAACAAGCCGACCGACAUUUUUAGUUUUGGAGCCGUGUGCAUCUACGCCAUGCUCGGUCGCGUCGUUUUCGGGAGUGACGACGACUUCCGAAAAUUCGAAUCACUCGGCGUAUUCCCCACCGUUAUCCGCCUCCAGCGCCAGGUCUCGUAUUUCGGAACUCGAGAAGGAUUGAACAGACUUAUGACACACGUCGGCGACCAGGAAUUUAAUUGUCAGGUCUUGAGGUGGCUUUGGGAUGGUCGCGCAGCCGAAUACCACCCGUACAGGUCGUUCUCGACAUGGUCGGAGCUAGAUCUUUCGACGAACGCGGACACGGACACGGACAUUGACAUUGAUACGGCGGCGUUCACAGAUCUCGUUCAGCGAAUGAUGGAUCUCGACCCGGCGAGGCGGAUCACAGCGCGUCAGGCCUUGGAGCAUCCCUGGUUCGAGGAUACAGAGACGGUUUAG